CGGAUUUGUGUUUUCACACAUUUGCGUUUGGGGCCUGUUCAUUCGCGCAAAGGCUGACGGGACGGGACCCUGAGCCUGUGCAGAGCGGGAGGCGGCGGUGGAUGCGGUGAGUGUCUGCAGAUCGCCGAUGCCGGUUCGGCGGUACCGUGUGAAUGGAAGGUGGAAUGACUUCUUCAUAAAGCUGUGAUCUAAACAAGGAAGAAAAAUGGCGUUCGUGCCUCCGCCGGGGCCGACUGUGGUCGAUCAGACCACACUGAUGAAGAAAUACCUCCAGUUCGUCGCUGCGCUUACUGAUGUCAACACACCUGAUGAAACCAAGCUAAAAAUGAUGCAGGAGGUCAGCGAGAAUUUUGAGAAUGUCACCACCUCGGCCCAAUACUCCACUUUUCUGGAGCACAUCAUCCCUCGCUUUCUUACGUUUCUGCAAGAUGGGGAAGUUCAGUUCCUCCAGGAGAAACCUGCGCAGCAACUGCGGAAGCUGGUCUUGGAAAUAAUUCACCGGAUUCCUACCAAUGAACACCUGCGGCCUCAUACCAAAAACAUCCUGUCCGUGAUGUUCCGUUUCCUUGAGACGGAGAAUGAAGAGAAUGUUUUGAUCUGCCUGAGAAUCAUCAUUGAGCUGCACAAACAAUUCAGGCCGCCCAUAACCCAAGAGAUACACCAUUUCCUGGACUUUGUGCGACAGAUUUAUAAGGAGCUUGGAAAGGUUGUGAAUCGCUACUUUGAGAACCCACCUGUGAUCGCUGAGAACACCAUUCCGUCUCCUGAAAUGGUCGGCAUGAUUUCCACUAUUGUGGUGAAAGUGAACCCCGAACGCGAGGACAGCGAGACUAGAACGCAUACCAUCAUCCCAAAGGGCUCGCUUUCCUUGAAGGUUCUGGCUGAACUACCUAUAAUAGUUGUCCUUAUGUAUCAGCUCUACAAGCUGAACAUACACAACAUGGUGUCAGAAUUUGUUCCGCUCAUCAUGAACACAAUCGUGACGCAGGUUUCCAGCAAUGCCAGGCAGCAUAAACUGUAUAAUAAGGAGCUCUACGCUGACUUCAUAGCGGCUCAGAUCAAAACCUUGUCCUUUUUGGCGUACAUCAUAAGAAUUUAUCAGGACACGGUUGCAAAGCAUUCUCAGCAGAUGGUGAAGGGCAUGCUGCAGCUUCUGACCAACUGCCCGCCGGAAACCGCACACCUCCGCAAGGAGCUGCUCAUCGCUGCCAAGCACAUCCUCAGCACCGACUUAAGAAGCCAAUUCAUCCCGUGCAUGGACAAACUGUUUGAUGAAUCUAUCCUGAUCGGCUCUGGAUACACAGCCCGGGAGACGCUAAGGCCCCUGGCGUACAGCACGCUUGCGGAUCUCGUGCAUCACGUGAGGCAGCAUCUCCCCCUCAAUGACCUUUCCCUCGCUGUCCAACUGUUUGCAAAGAAUAUCGACGAUGAAUCAAUACCGAGCAGCAUCCAGACCAUGUCCUGCAAGCUUCUCCUCAACCUUGUGGAUUGUAUCCGCUCCAAAAGCGAACAGGAAAAUGGGAAUGGACGGGAUAUUUUGAUGAGAAUGCUUGAGGUGUUUGUCCUGAAGUUUCACACCAUAGCUCGCUAUCAGUUAUCUGCUAUCUUCAAGAAGUGCAAGCCGCAGUCAGAGCUCUGCGCUGCCGACACCAUCAUACCCAGCGUCCCGGCUGCCACCCCCAACAGCGCUCUGCCUGCCGCCCCCACCACUCCGCUCACGCAAGUGCCGCUCUCGGUGUUCGACAAGCAAGGGGAAAAAGACAAAGAGGACAAGCAGACUUUCCAAGUCACCGACUGCCGGAGCUUGGUGAAAACCUUGGUCUGUGGAGUCAAGACGAUAACGUGGGGCAUUACGUCGUGUAAAGCACCUGGAGAGGCUCAGUUUGUACCCAACAAGCAACUGCAACCCAAAGAAACGCAGAUUUACAUUAAGCUAGUGAAGUAUGCGAUGCAAGCACUGGAUAUUUAUCAGGUCCAGAUUGCUGGCAAUGGACAAACGUACAUCCGAGUUGCCAACUGCCAGACGGUGCGAAUGAAAGAAGAGAAGGAGGUGUUGGAGCACUUUGCUGGCGUCUUCACAAUGAUGAAUCCGUUGACUUUUAAAGAAAUCUUCCAGACCACCGUCCCCUACAUGGUGGAGAGAAUAUCCAAGAACUACGCACUCCAGAUUGUUGCCAAUUCCUUCUUGGCGAACCCCACCACAUCAGCCCUCUUUGCUACGAUCCUGGUGGAGUACUUGUUGGAGAGGCUUCCAGAAAUGGGAUCCAACGUGGAGCUGUCCAACUUGUACCUCAAGCUGUUCAAGCUGGUUUUUGGCUCUGUUUCCCUCUUCGCUGCGGAUAACGAGCAAAUGCUUAAGCCCCAUUUGCACAAAAUAGUGAACAGCUCGAUGGACCUUGCCCAGACGGCCAAGGAACCCUACAACUACUUCCUUCUUCUCCGAGCUCUCUUCCGAUCGAUUGGUGGAGGCAGCCAUGACCUCCUGUAUCAGGAGUUCCUGCCCUUGCUUCCAAAUCUCCUGCAAGGUCUCAACAUGUUGCAGAGCGGCUUGCACAAACAGCAUAUGAAGGACCUUUUUGUGGAGCUGUGCCUCACCGUGCCUGUCCGUCUGAGUUCGUUAUUACCCUAUCUCCCCAUGCUGAUGGAUCCAUUGGUGUCUGCUCUCAAUGGGUCCCAGACGUUAGUGAGUCAGGGUCUGAGGACACUGGAGCUGUGUGUGGACAACCUUCAGCCAGACUUCCUCUACGAUCACAUCCAGCCGGUUCGUGCUGAGCUCAUGCAGGCUUUGUGGCGGACGCUGAGGAAUCCAGCAGACAGCAUCUCCCAUGUGGCAUACCGGGUCCUGGGUAAAUUUGGUGGAAGCAACCGGAAAAUGCUGAAAGAAUCCCAGAAGCUGCAGUAUGUGGUCACUGAGAUACAAGGACCGAGCAUCACCGUGGAGUUUGCAGACUGCAAAGCUUCUAUCCAGCUUCCCAUGGAAAAGGCUAUUGAGACGGCCUUGGAUUGCUUGAAAAGUGCAAAUACAGAGCCGUACUAUCGGAGGCAGGCAUGGGAGGUCAUCAAAUGUUUCCUGGUGGCUAUGAUGAGCCUGGAUGAUAACAAGCAUGCUUUAUACCAGCUGCUAGCACAUCCCAAUUUCACAGAGAAGGCGAUCCCCAGUGUCAUUAUUUCACACCGGUACAAAGCUCAGGACACCCCGGCCCGUAAAACGUUCGAACAAGCCCUGACCGGGGCGUUCAUGUCUGCUGUUAUCAAGGACCUGAGGCCGAGCGCUCUGCCGUUUGUAGCCAGCCUUAUACGCCAUUACACAAUGGUAGCUGUCGCACAGCAGUGUGGACCCUUCCUUCUGCAGUGUUACCAGGUUGGAAGCCAGCCGAGCACGGCCAUGUUCCAUAGCGAGGAGAACGGUUCAAAAGGGAUGGAUCCUCUGGUGCUCAUUGAUGCCAUAGCCAUUUGUAUGGCGUACGAAGAGAAGGAACUGUGCAAGAUUGGAGAAGUGGCAUUGGCUGUGAUAUUCGAUGUCGCCAGCAUUAUCCUUGGCUCUAAAGAAAGGGCAUGCCAGCUUCCCUUGUUCUCCUACAUUGUCGAGCGUCUGUGUUCCUGUUGCUACGAGCAGGCCUGGUACGCCAAACUCGGUGGAGUGGUGUCUAUUAAGUUCCUGAUGGAACGCCUACCUCUGAUUUGGGUGCUUCAGAAUCAGCAAACGUUUCUCAAAGCCCUUCUCUUCGUCAUGAUGGACUUAACUGGAGAGGUUUCCAACGGAGCAGUCGCGAUGGCGAAAACCACACUGGAGCAGCUUUUAAUCCGCUGCGCAACCCCAUUAAAAGACGAGGAGAAAACAGAAGAGAUCCUCGCCGCCCAAGAGAAGUCCUUCCAUCACGUGACUCAUGACUUAGUACGAGAAGUGACCUCUCCAAACCCCACCGUGAGGAAGCAGGCCAUGCACUCGCUGCAGGUCCUCGCACAGGUGACCGGAAAGGGUGUCACCGUGAUCAUGGAGCCUCACAAAGAGGUCUUGCAAGACAUGGUCCCACCCAAAAAACAUUUACUUCGCCAUCAGCCGGCAAAUGCCCAGAUUGGGCUGAUGGAAGGGAACACUUUCUGCACCACCCUGCAACCUAGACUGUUCACCAUGGACCUAAACGUUGUAGAGCAUAAAGUCUUCUAUUCUGAGCUCUUAAACUUAUGCGAAGCAGAGGAUGCUACCCUCAUGAAGCUCCCUUGCUACAAAAGCCUCUCCUCUUUGGUACCGCUGAGAAUUGCAGCUUUGAACGCUCUGGCAGCUUGUAACUAUUUGCCUCAGUCAAGGGAGAAAAUCAUCGCGGCCCUGUUUAAGGCACUUAACUCUACAAAUAAUGAACUUCAGGAGGCUGGAGAAGCAUGCAUGAGAAAGUUUUUGGAAGGCGCCACUAUAGAGGUCGACCAGAUCCACACUCACAUGAGGCCGCUUCUGAUGAUGCUGGGCGACUAUCGCAGCCUGACCCUCAAUGUCGUUAACCGCCUGACCUCCGUCACGCGGCUUUUCCCCAACUCCUUCAAUGAUAAAUUCUGUGAUCAGAUGAUGCAACACCUGCGCAAGUGGAUGGAAGUGGUUGUGAUCACGCACAAAGGAGGACAGAGGGGUGAAGGCAACGAGAUGAAAAUUUGCUCCGCAAUUAUAAAUCUCUUCCACCUAAUUCCCGCUGCCCCCCAAACCCUGGUGAAGCCGUUGCUCGAGGUCGUGAUGAAAACUGAACGGGCGAUGCUAAUCGAGGCGGGAAGCCCCUUCAGAGAACCUCUGAUAAAGUUUUUGACGCGGCACCCAUCUCAGACGGUGGAGCUCUUCAUGAUGGAGGCUACUCUGAACGACCCGCAGUGGAGUCGAAUGUUCAUGAGCUUUUUAAAACAUAAAGACGCCAAACCGUUACGGGACGUGCUGGCCGCCAACCCCAACCGGUUCAUUACGCUGCUGUUGCCUAGCGUGACGCAGACCUCUGUCCGACCAAGUUCCCCCAGCACCAACACCAUGCGUCUCGAUCUGCAGUUCCAGGCUAUUAAGAUAAUCAGCAUUAUCGUUAAGAAUGACGACUCUUGGCUGGCAAACCAGCACUCGCUGGUCAGCCACUUGAGACGGGUUUGGGUGAGUGAAGCCUUUCAGGAGCGACAUCGUAAGGAUAACAUGGUGGCAUCAAACUGGAAGGAACCCAAGCUGCUGGCGUUCUGCCUCCUCAACUACUGCAAGCGAAAUUUCGGAGACAUUGAACUGCUUUUCCAGCUUCUCCGGGCUUUCACGGGCCGAUUCCUCUGCAACAUGACCUUCCUAAAAGAAUACAUGGAGGAAGAGAUUCCCAAAACCUACAGCAUUGCUCAGAAGAGAGCGCUCUUCUUCCGCUUUGUUGAAUUCAACGAUUCCAACUUUGGGGAUGAACUGAAAGCUAAGGUACUGCAGCACAUUUUGAACCCAGCAUUUUUAUACAGCUUUGAGAAGAAUGAAGGAGAACAGCUUUUAGGGCCUCCAAACCCUGAAGGAGACAACCAGGAGAGCAUCACAAGUGUGUUUAUAACAAAGGUGCUAGACCCGGAGAAGCAGACGGACAUGCUGGACUCGCUCAGGAUCUACCUCCUGCAGUUUGCCACGCUUUUGGUUGAGCACGCUCCCCAUCACAUUCAUGACAAUAAUAAGAACCGAAACAGCAAACUAAGACGCCUCAUGACGUUUGCUUGGCCUUGUCUGCUUUCCAAAGCUUGCGUGGACCCAGCUUGCAAGUAUAGUGGCCACCUUCUUCUGGCCCACAUUAUCGCCAAGUUUGCGAUACAUAAGAAAAUCGUCUUACAGGUGUUCCACAGCUUGCUUAAAGCCCAUGCUAUGGAAGCCAGAGCCAUUGUACGGCAAGCUAUGGCAAUACUUACCCCUGCUGUACCUGCGCGAAUGGAGGACGGGCACCAGAUGCUUACCCACUGGACGCGGAAGAUCAUUGUGGAGGAAGGUCACACUGUCCCUCAGCUGGUGCACAUACUUCAUUUAAUUGUGCAGCAUUUUAAGGUUUAUUACCCAGUGAGGCACAAUUUGGUCCAGCAUAUGGUCAGCGCAAUGCAGCGCCUGGGCUUCACUCCUAGCGUCACCAUUGAGCAGCGGAAGCUGGCCGUGGACCUGGCAGAAGUAGUCAUCAAGUGGGAACUGCAAAGGCUAAAAGAACAGCCCGAUUCCGAGGCAGACCCAAAUGGCAGCGGAGAGGGUGGGAGCUCUGCCGUGAGUGGCGUGAAGAGGGGACUAGCGGUGGAUGCCAGCCAGGAGGUGAAGCGCUUCAGAACCACCACCGGAGGAAUUAGCACCGUAUUCGGCCGCAGCCAGUCACUUCCGGGGGCCGAGGCCGUGCAGUCCAAGGCUAUCGAGAAGCAGCACACUGACACCGUGGUGAAUUUCCUCAUCAGGAUAGCAUGUCAGGUGAAUGACAACUCAAACACGGCUGGCUCUCCGGGGGAACUGCUUUCCCGUCGCUGCGUUAGCCUUUUGAAGACUGCCCUACGCCCCGAUAUGUGGCCUAAGUCCGAGCUGAAGCUGCAGUGGUUUGAUAAACUUCUCAUGACGGUGGAACAACCCAACCAAGCCAACUUUGCAAACAUCUGCACUGGACUGGAGGUCUUGAGCUUCUUGUUAACUGUACUCCAAAACCCGGCCAUCCUCAGCAGCUUCAAGCCUCUCCAGAGAGGGAUCUCUGCCUGCAUGACCUGUGCCAACACCAAGGUCCUCAGAGCCGUCCACACUCUUCUGUCCCGGCUGAUGAGCAUCUUUCCUACUGAACCCAGUACAUCGAGCGUUGCAUCAAAGUACGAAGAACUGGAAUGCUUAUACGCUGCGGUUGGAAAGGUUAUAUAUGAAGGGCUCACUAACUAUGAAAAGGCAACAAGCGCCAAUCCAUCGCAAAUAUUUGGUACUUUAAUGAUUUUGAAGUCCGCCUGCAGCAAUAACCCAAGCUACAUAGACAGACUGAUAUCCGUCUUCAUGCGGUCCCUCCAGAAGAUGGUAAGGGAGCAUUUGAACCCUCAACCUAAUCCAGGAGCAGCAGAAGCCAACCCAGCAGGCACAAGUGAGCUGGUAAUGCUGAGCUUGGACCUGGUGAAGACCCGCUUGGCAGUCAUGAGCAUGGAAAUGAGGAAGAACUUCAUUCAGACCAUCCUGACGUCUCUGAUUGAAAAAUCUCCGGACGCCAAAAUCCUCCGAGCGGUAGUUAAAAUAGUGGAAGAGUGGCUGAAAAAUAACACGCCCAUGGCAGCGAAUCAGACGCCGACGCUACGGGAAAAAUCCAUUUUGUUGGUGAAAAUGAUGACCUACAUAGAGAAACGCUUUCCGGAAGAUCUCGAACUGAACGCGCAGUUCCUGGAGCUUGUGAAUUACGUGUACAGGGAUGAGAACCUUUCUGGAAGCGAGCUGACUGCCAAGUUGGAGCCAGCUUUCCUCUCGGGGCUGCGCUGCACUCAGCCACACAUCCGGACGCGAUUCUUCGAGGUGUUUGACACCUCUAUGAAGCGACGGGUUUACGACCGCCUGCUUUACCUGACGUGCUCGCAGAACUGGGAGGCGAUGGGAAACCAUUUCUGGAUGAAGCAGUGCAUUGAGCUCCUGCUGGCCGUCUGCGAGCGCAGCACUACAAUUGGCACAAGCUGUCAGGGUGCCAUACUUCCAUCUAUCACUAAUGUCAUCAAUCUAGCAGACAGUCACGAUCGCGCGGCCUUCGCCAUGGUAACCCACGUCAAACAAGAGCCCAGGGAGAGGGAGAACAGCGAGUCUAAGGAAGAGGAUGUGGAGAUUGAUAUUGAACUGGCGCCUGGAGAUCAGAGCUCCAACCCCAAGACUAAAGAGCAGUCGGAGAAGGACAUGGGAAACCAGCUGCACAUGCUCACUAACCGACACGACAAGUUCCUGGACUCUCUGCGAGAGGUCAAGACGGGAGCGCUCCUCGGUGCCUUUGUCCAGCUGUGCCACAUUUCCACGCCGCUAGCCGAAAAGGUUUGGAUCCAACUUUUCCCCAGAUUAUGGAAGAUUCUCACUGACCGACAACAGCAUGCACUCGCCGGGGAAAUCAGCCCGUUCCUGUGCAGCGGGAGCCACCAGGUGCAGAGGGAUUGCCAGCCGAGUGCUCUGAACUGCUUCGUGGAAGCCAUGUCUCAGUGCGUCCCGCCGAUCCCCAUCAGGCCCUGCGUCCUGAAAUACUUGGGGAAGACUCACAACCUCUGGUUCCGCUCUACCCUCAUGCUAGAACAUCAGGCUUUCGAGAAAGGCUUAAGUCUUCAGAUCAAGCCCAAGCAGACCAGCGAGUUUUACGAACAAGAGAGCAUCACCCCACCGCAACAAGAGAUCCUGGACUCGUUGGCAGAGUUAUAUUCUCUUCUCCAAGAGGAGGACAUGUGGGCCGGCUUGUGGCAGAAGCGUUGCAAAUUCCCAGAAACUGCUACAGCUAUUGCGUAUGAACAACAUGGCUUCUUUGAGCAGGCUCAAGAAACAUAUGAAAAAGCAAUGGAGAAAGCCAAAAAGGAACAUGAAAGAAGCAGCGCGUCCCCUGCUGUGUUUCCGGAGUAUCAGCUGUGGGAAGACCAUUGGAUUCGAUGCUCGAAAGAAUUGAACCAAUGGGAGGCGUUGACAGACUACGGCCAAUCAAAAGGCCACAUCAAUCCCUACCUCGUCCUUGAAUGCUCGUGGAGAGUAUCUAAUUGGGCAGCCAUGAAAGAAGCCCUUGUGCAGGUGGAGCUGAGUUGCCCUAAGGAGAUGGCGUGGAAAGUGAACAUGUAUCGGGGUUACUUGGCAAUUUGCCACCCUGAGGAGCAGCAACUGAAUUUCAUCGAGCGAUUGGUUGAAAUGGCGAGCAGCCUGGCAAUCCGGGAAUGGAGGAGGCUUCCGUAUGUCGUGUCUCAUGUUCACACGCCACUCUUACAGGCAGCGCAGCAGAUCAUUGAGCUUCAAGAGGCAGCUCAGAUAAACGCAGGCCUUCAGCCAACCAAUUUGGGUAGGAACAACAGCCUCCACGACAUGAAAACAGUGGUGAAGACAUGGAGGAACAGACUCCCCAUUGUUUCCGAUGAUCUCUCCCACUGGAGCAGCAUUUUUAUGUGGCGACAGCAUCAUUACCAAGCAAUUGUAAAUGCUUAUGACAACAGCACUCAGCACGACCCAAGCUCAAACAAUGCAAUGCUGGGUGUCCACGCGUCGGCCUCCGCUAUUAUCCAGUACGGCAAGAUUGCUCGGAAGCAGGGCCUGGUUAACGUGGCGCUGGACAUACUAAGCAGGAUUCACACCAUCCCCACGGUGCCCAUUGUCGAUUGCUUUCAGAAGAUCCGCCAGCAAGUGAAAUGCUAUCUUCAGUUGGCCGGCGUCAUGGGAAAGAAUGAAUGCAUGCAGGGUUUGGAGGUGAUUGAAUCCACCAACUUGAAAUAUUUCACCAAGGAGAUGACAGCCGAGUUUUACGCUUUGAAGGGAAUGUUUCUCGCUCAGAUUAACAAAUCGGAAGAUGCAAAUAAGGCAUUUUCUGCAGCUGUUCAAAUGCAUGAUGUUCUUGUCAAGGCCUGGGCAAUGUGGGGUGACUAUUUGGAGAAUAUCUUUGUUAAAGAGCGGCAGCUGCACCUGGGCGUAUCGGCCAUCACCUGCUACCUCCACGCGUGCCGACACCAGAACGAGAGCAAGUCAAGAAAAUAUUUGGCAAAAGUCCUUUGGCUUCUGAGUUUUGAUGAUGAUAAGAACACGCUGGCCGACGCGGUGGACAAAUAUUGCAUUGGAGUGCCGCCGAUCCAGUGGCUGGCGUGGAUCCCGCAGCUGCUGACCUGUCUGGUUGGUUCCGAGGGCAAGCUGCUACUGAACCUCAUCAGCCAGGUUGGGCGAGUGUAUCCGCAAGCCGUAUAUUUCCCUAUCCGGACUCUCUAUUUAACACUGAAGAUCGAGCAGCGAGAGCGUUACAAAAGUGACUCUGGCCAGCACCAGCCAAGUUCAGUAGGAACUCAGUCGCAUUCUGCCUCUGAUCCAGGGCCGAUAAGAGCCACGGCGCCGAUGUGGAGAUGCAGCCGGAUUAUGCACAUGCAGAGGGAGUUGCAUCCCACUCUCCUGUCGUCUUUGGAAGGCAUCGUAGACCAGAUGGUUUGGUUCCGGGAGAACUGGCACGAAGAGGUCUUAAGGCAACUGCAGCAGGGUCUGGCGAAAUGCUAUUCAGUGGCGUUUGAGAAGAGUGGAGCGGUAUCCGAUGCCAAAAUUACCCCUCACACCCUGAACUUUGUGAAGAAACUGGUCAGCACCUUUGGUGUGGGACUUGAGAACGUGUCCAAUGUUUCAAACAUGUUUUCAAGCGCGGCGUCGGAGUCCCUCGCUAGAAGGGCCCAGGCCACGGCAGCGGAUCCCGUCUUUCAGAAGCUGAAAAGCCAGUUUACGACAGACUUUGACUUCAGUGUCCCCGGCUCAACCAAACUCCACAAUCUUAUUUCAAAACUAAAGAAGUGGAUUAAGAUCUUAGAAGCGAAAACCAAGCAGCUGCCCAAGUUUUUCCUCAUUGAAGAGAAAUGUCGAUUUCUGAGCAACUUUUCAGCACAAACCGCGGAAGUCGAGAUUCCUGGCGAGUUUCUAAUGCCAAAACCCACACAUUAUUAUAUCAAAAUUGCAAGAUUUAUGCCUAGAGUGGAGAUCGUUCAGAAGCACAAUACAGCCGCCCGGAGACUUUAUAUCCGGGGCCAUAAUGGGAAGAUCUAUCCCUACCUAGUGAUGAAUGAUGCCUGUUUGACGGAGUCCCGUCGAGAGGAACGGGUCUUGCAACUUCUUCGCUUGUUGAACCCUUGCUUGGAGAAGAGAAAGGAGACUACAAAACGCCACCUUUUCUUCACCGUCCCCCGUGUUGUGGCUGUCUCACCGCAGAUGCGUCUGGUAGAAGACAAUCCUUCUUCUCUCUCCUUGGUGGAGAUCUAUAAGCAGCGGUGCGCCAAGAAAGGCAUUGAGCAUGACAACCCUAUUUCACGUUACUAUGACAGAUUGGCCACCGUCCAAGCACGAGGGACGCAAGCCAGUCAUCAGGUUCUCCGGGACAUCCUGAAGGAGGUUCAGAGUAAUAUGGUGCCCCGCAGCAUGCUGAAGGAGUGGGCGCUGCACACCUUCCCCAACGCCACGGACUACUGGACUUUCCGGAAGAUGUUUACCAUCCAGCUGGCUUUGAUCGGCUUUGCGGAAUUUGUCUUUCAUUUGAACAGGCUGAAUCCGGAGAUGCUGCAGAUUGCGCAGGAUACCGGCAAGCUCAAUGUUGCUUACUUCCGAUUUGACAUCAAUGACGCCACGGGGGAUCUGGACGCAAACCGCCCUGUGCCUUUCCGGCUAACACCAAACAUUUCCGAGUUCCUCACGACAAUCGGCGUAUCCGGCCCGCUCACGGCUUCCAUGAUUGCUGUCGCUCGUUGCUUUGCCCAACCAAAUUUCAAGGUUGAUGGCAUUUUGAAAACGGUUCUUCGGGACGAAAUCAUCGCUUGGCACAAAAAAACACAAGAGGACACUUCUUCACCUCUCUCGCCAGCUGGGCAGCCGGAAAACAUGGACAGCCAGCAACUAGUUUCACUGGUUCAGAAAGCGGUCACGGCCAUUGUCACCAGACUACACAACCUCGCCCAGUUCGACGGAGGGGAAAGCAAAGUCAAUACUCUGGUGGCCGCGGCAAACAGCCUGGAUAAUUUAUGCCGCAUGGAUCCUGCAUGGCACCCCUGGUUAUAGACUAUUUCUUCAGAGCCUUCUUCGAGGUCUGGCUCCUGGAAGUCCAGAUUAAACUCCUGGCAGAGAAGGGUUCGUUUAAUACGGAUGCAAUCGGGAGUUUCUCCAAGCUGUGAAGAACAAGUACCUUUUCCAACAGCUGCUCUUGACCAUGCAGUGGUCCUGGUCUACCCAUAAACUAUAUGUACGUUUUUGUGCAUUAACCGCUGCCAGCCGUCUAGGGACCAACAACUGAACAACUGGUCCUCAGGUGGCUAAAACAAUAUUGUGAACAUUAAGAACACACACACAUAUAAUAUAAAAUAUAUAUAA